UUUAGUUUUGACACAUCCUCUUACCCUGUCCCAGAAACAUGGGUCCGCUGAGGAGGUGGGUGAUCCUACUAUCGAGCCUUCGCGUCUUACUUGCGAUUGCACUGGAGGUGGAGAGUGACUAUGUUGGCCCCGCAGACACCAUCAACUUCAAGGACCCGUGCAAAGCUGCUGCCUUUCUGGGGGAUAUUGCACUUGAUGAAGAAGACCUGCGCAUGCUGAGGAUAGAACAUGUCCUGACAGUUAAUCGCAGUGAUUUAGGGGAGAUGUGGAGCGGAGCGGGCGUGAGCGACGACACUCCACACCCUGUUGUGAUUGGCCGCGUGUCCCGGAAACGAAGGGCGGCGACUGCCAGACCAGAGAGGGUGUGGCCCGAUGCCGUCAUCCCCUACCUCAUCAGCGGAAACUUCAGUGGCAGUCAGAGGGCCAUCUUCAAGCAGGCCAUGCGCCACUGGGAGAAGCACACGUGCGUCACCUUCAUCGAGAGGAGCACGGAAGAGAGCUACAUCGUCUUCACGUACCUGCCUUGCGGGUGCUGCUCGUACGUGGGGAGGCGAGGGGGCGGCCCCCAGGCCAUCUCCAUCGGAAAGAACUGCGACAAGUUCGGCAUCGUGGUGCACGAGCUGGGACAUGUGAUUGGCUUCUGGCACGAGCACACACGGCCCGACCGAGAUGAGCACGUGGCCAUCUUCAGGGACAACAUCCAGCAAGGGCAAGAGUACAAUUUUCUCAAGAUGGAACCUGGUGAAGUGGACUCGCUUGGGGAAACCUAUGACUUUGACAGCAUCAUGCACUACGCAAGGAACACAUUUUCCAGGGGUAUAUUUCUGGACACCAUCCUACCUCGUUACGACUUGGACGGCGUGAAGCCCCCCAUUGGCCAGAGGACCAGACUGAGCACAGGGGAUAUAGCUCAGGCACGCAAACUCUACCAAUGUCCACAGUGUGGAGACAGCCUUCAGGACGGCAGUGGUAACGUCUCGUCUCCCGGUUUCCCCAAUGGCUAUGCCGCCUACUCUCACUGCGUCUGGAGGAUAUCGGUCACGCCUGGUGAGAAAAUCAUUCUGAACUUCACCUCUAUGGACCUGUAUAAGAGCCACUUGUGCUGGUACGACCAUGUGGAGAUCCGAGAUGGCCACGGGAGAAACUCCCCACUGAAAGGCCGUUUCUGUGGAGACACACUUCCAGAGACCAUCGUCUCCACCGACAGCCGCCUCUGGAUCGAGUUCCGGAGCAGCAGCAAUUGGGUGGGCAAAGGCUUCGCCAUCUCCUAUGAAGCAAUCUGCGGUGGCGAGAUCGCACGUGACAGCGGCCAAAUACAAUCCCCAAACUACCCGGACGACUACCGGCCCCACAAGCUGUGCGUGUGGAGGGUCAGCGUCGCCGAGGGAUUCCAAGUCGGCCUGAGCUUUCAGUCCUUUGAGAUUGAGCGUCACGACAGCUGUGCCUAUGACUACCUGGAGGUCCGUGACGGAGACUCGGAGUCCAGUCCCCUUCUGGGCCGCUUCUGUGGGUACCAGAAACCCAGCGACAUCAAGACCAGUUCCAACCAGCUGUGGCUCAAAUUCGUCUCGGACGGCUCCGUCAACAAGGCUGGUUUCUCGGCUAACUUCUUCAAGGAGAUUGACGAGUGUGCGACCCCAGACAAGGGGGGCUGUGAGCAGCGCUGUGUCAACACUCUGGGCAGCUUCCAUUGUGCCUGUGAUCCCGGCUAUGAGUUCGCAGCAGACAAGAAGAGCUGCGAGGCAGCUGCGUGCGGUGGCCUCAUCUCCAGGCCCAACGGUUCCCUCUCCAGCCCCGGCUGGCCCAAGGAGUACCCCGCCAACAAGAACUGCAUCUGGCAGCUGGAGGCCCCCCCGCAGUACCGCAUCACCCUGCAGUUCGAGACCUUCGAGACGGAGGGCAGCGACGUGAGCAGGGGGGUGUGUAAGUAUGACUACGUGGAGGUCCGCAGUGGCCUCUCGUCCGGCUCCAAGCUGCACGGCAAGUUCUGCGGGGGCGAGCGACCGGAGCCCAUCACCUCGCAGGCCAACAGCAUGCGCAUCGAGUUCAAGACCGACAACACCGUCUCCAAAAGGGGAUUCGCCGCACACUUCUUCUCAGACAAAGACGAGUGCUCCAAGGAGAAUGGUGGCUGUCAGCAUGAGUGCGCCAACACCUAUGGGAGCUACGUCUGCCAAUGCCGCAGCGGGUUCGUGCUCCAUGACAACAAGCAUGACUGCAAAGAAGCGGGAUGCGACCUGACGUUGAACAGCGUGUCUGGCACCAUCACCACUCCCAACUGGCCGGACAAGUACCCCAGCAAGAAGGCCUGCACCUGGACCAUCGCCACCACACCGGGACACCGUGUCAAACUGGCCUUCACGGAGAUGGACAUGGAGGCCCACCCCCAGUGUGCGUACGACCACCUGGAGGUGUACGACGGCCGCGACGGCCGCGCUCCCAGCUUCGGGCGCUUCUGCGGCUCCAAGAAACCCGCGCCACUGGUUGCUAGCGGCAACCGCAUGUUCCUGCGCUUCUUCUCCGACAACUCUGUCCAGAAGAGAGGCUUUGAACUCAGUCACUCCUCAGAGUGUGGGGGUAGCCUGAAGGCCGAGGUGAAGACCAAAGACCUCUACUCGCACGCCCAGUACGGGGACAACAACUACCCGGGCGCCAGCGACUGCUUGUGGGUGAUCUCGGCCGAGAAGGGCUACGGCGUGGAGCUCAUCUUCCAGACCUUCGAGAUCGAGGAGGAGGCCGACUGCGGCUAUGACUACAUGGAGCUGUUCGACGGAGCCGAUGCCAAGGCCCCAAGGCUGGGGCGCUACUGCGGAUCCGGGCCUCCGGAGGAGAUCUAUUCCGCGGGGGACGCCAUCGUCAUCGUGUUCCACUCGGACGACACCAUCAGCAAGAAGGGCUUCCACCUGCGCUACACCAGCACCAAGUUCCAGGACACGCUGCACACCAGCAAGUGAUACGACACCUCUCACACACACACACGCUCAUCACUCACACA